UGCACUUGCACUGUUGCAGCAGUGUCGCUCCUCUUCUUGGGUUCUUCCUCUUUCCCAAAUCAUUUUAUUUGUAUACUGGCCGCAAUUCUUUACUGUCUAGUCUUACUCUUUCCUCUUGCCUCCGCACCGAAGCAGAGGAAUAGUAGUGGGUCGGUCUGGUUGGCCGGUGCUGGUGCGUUAAUGGCGGUUGACCUCUUCAUCGAUGCCUCCCGGCGCCUUUAAAUCGGGCGGGACGAAGCGUCUCCUAGCCUCUCGUCGCCUCAGCUCCCUCUUCUCCCCGUGACCGAACCAAACACUGAGCGGAAGAAGCUUCGAACCCCUUCUGGCCAUCUCUCGUCCUCCUUUCAAUUCUUGAGCUUUGUGCUUCCAUCUCCUCUCCUCUGUUCUCUUCUUUGUCUCUGCGUGCCUGUUCUUGUCGUCUCGCUCGAUCGUAAGGUUUGUUUGCCAUCGUACUAGUAAACAUCUGCAACGGAAUAAGAAUGGCGUCGCCGUCAGCGUCAGGAGAGAAGAAGACUACGAUCCUGGUGGCGAGGAAGGGCCGGCUGCGGCAGCGCUACGACGGCGAGUACCGCCUGGUGGCCGGGUGCGUGCCGUACCGCGUGGACGCGGACGGCCAGACGCAGCUGCUCAUGGUGUCCACGCCCAACAGGGACGACCUCGUCUUCCCCAAGGGCGGGUGGGAGGACGACGAGGACGUGCACGAGGCGGCGUGCCGCGAAGCGCUGGAGGAGGCCGGCGUCAGGGGCGCCAUCAACCGAAGUGCGCUCGGGAUGUGGGUGUUCAGGAGCAAGAGCAGUCCGGUGAGCAGCGACAGCCCCCGGGGCGCCUGCAAGGGCUACAUCUUCGCGCUGGAGGUGGCGGAGGAGCUGGAGCAGUGGCCGGAGCAGGACACCCACGGCAGGCAGUGGGUCUCCCCGGCGGACGCGUACCGCCUCUGCCGCUACGACUGGAUGCGCGAGGCGCUGUCGGCACUGCUCGACCGCCUCACGGAGGAGCCCGAGCCCCCCAAGUCCCCCGCCGCGGACGGCCUCGGCGAGCACGCAGGCGUGUGCAUGAUGGUCAAGGCGACCACAGCCGCUGCGGAUCGAGCGGUGGCGCUCUGCUAGUGGCAUCAUUCUGAACAUGUGCAAAUCCUCAUCAUCUGGGUCGUCAGGCUCGGCUGUUCGUUCGAACUUGGUGUGGUUGGUCGGUGAAUGCAGUGUAUGGAAACUUGUCUCGUCAAUCCAGGGCUUGUAAAUGAUGUCGGUUACGCCACGUGUUAAAUCAAAUGGCUACAACUGUCCGUAGUGCGUAGCUGAGAGUUUCCUUGUCAAAUCUAUUGAGGUUUCCACUGUUUGAUCCUCGCUUCGUGUGCUAACCUUCUCGACUUCUUUCAACUGUCCCCCCCUAUAUACAAUAUCUUAGUUUUGUUUUUCUCUCUCUCUA